AUGCAGCAGCCUCAGUUCAACGAUCAGGUCUGCGUCAGCAUGGCACCUGAUUGCCCGCACGCAGAAGCACCACAGGCAGGUCCGUCUUCUCACGCAGACCCUAGAGACUCGUCUUCACCCUUGACCUCAUCGCGCACCUCAUUCUCUUCCGCAACCAUGUACGACCGCCACGAUGCCGACCACACCCAUCACAAUGACUUCUAUCGCGAUCAAAACUCUUGGCCCAGCGCCUCCGAAUCAUCAGAGACGCUCGUCGGCACCUUGUUCAACCAUCAUCUCGCCAGUCUCAAAAACAAGCUGCCUUCAGUACUAGCCGGCAAAGGCUACAAGAAGCUCGCCAGCGACGAAUAUCCACCCUUCUCACGGCGAAUCGCUCACAGAAAGAAAUUCAUUUACGGUCUGCUUCUGGCGGCCAUCUUCCUUGGCAUCGGAGGACGAAGCUUGCACAGGGCAUACAGGGCCGCCAGCAAAGCCAAUGCUUUCUGCAAAACAGCCGACCCCUUCUGUCUCUCCUUACACGACGACGACUCUCUGCAGGAUGCUUCGAUCAGUAUACCCACACUGCCUCGACCGGAGCAUCCUGUGCGUCCCGAAGACAUCUUGCCCGUCGACCUGCAUCACAAAGACACGUUCAAACUAGCUCCGUACGCACCGCCCCUCUCAGCGACCAACAGACGACAGCUUGACACCAUCCCAUCACAACGCUUCAUGCUCGACAAGCCAGAGUGUGUCGAGGCCUGGGUAGCGCACGGCGAGGUCUGCCAAGCCCUUCACGGCGUCUAUCGCCAACGACCCGACCUCACCAGCGUCGACCUCCUCUACUCGUGGGUCAAUGGUUCCGACCUGCGCCACUCUAGUGCCGAAUGGAUGCAUGCUUAUCGUCCGGACGGACGCUGGCAAGAGUACGUCGAACAAGAUCUCUUUCCGUCUGAGUCUUCGUCUGCAGGCUUGUCGGCUCCGAAACAUCGUCGCUCGCUCGACAAGGCGGCCGUCGACAGUCGCUUCCGUGAUCACCAAGAGCUGCGCUUCUCGAUGCGCUCGGCCGUCAAGCAUCUGCAAGGCUUGUCCACCAUCCACAUUGUUGCGCCUGACUUUUCCGCGCCUUAUCACCUUCAGCCCAGCGCAUCACACCCAAGCAAAGACGACGGCGCUCGAUUCAGGCUAUUCACUCUGAAGCAGCGCCGUUCAACGCAGCCACCAUUCUGGCUCGACGUGAACAAGCUCAAGGAUGCCUUCCUUGGAUUACCUUCGCAGCUGCGUCGAGUGCAAGGACUCGGCACCGACCGCUUCACCACGGACGAGGGUCAGAUGCGCGAAGGACAGGUGCCCCAGUGGCUCUCGCUGGCCAACACCACCGAUGUCCUUGCCGGCCAAGAGGCUGCCACUGCCGUAAGCACGUCUUCUACUUCUUCACCCAGAGUGCGACUGCACCACGACUGGAAUGCUUUCCGAGACAAUUGGCUUGUCACAGAGGCGCUCACCGCAGACGAGCGCACGCAACGCAACGACUACCGACGUGCAGCUCUACCGACCUUCAACUCGAUGGCGGUCGAGGCGAUGCUCGGCGACCAGCCGGGUCUGCACGACAAUUUCGUCUACUCGAACGACGACUUUUUCUUCCUCGACGACGUAAGCAGUGGCGACGUCUCGUCUCCCCUCUUUGGUCCUGUGCUGCGUCUCGAUCCGAAUCUGAUGGUCGAUGGCAAGCAGUCACCCAAGGCAGGCACAGGAGAAUGGCCGUCGCUCUGGCAUACCAACUGGCUGUUGGACCAGCGAUUCGGUCAACGUAGACGGCCGUACAUUCAGCACGUCCACAAGAGUUUCUCCAAGACGUUGCUGCAAGAGACUCGCAUGGGAUGGGCGCACGAACACUCGCGGGUCGCCCUCAAUCGCUUCCGCAACGGCGGCGACAACAUCGUCUCGCACUUUCUGACGUACUACAACGUGAUCGAGCGCCAUCGCGAGGCGCUACUGUGGAGCUUCUUCAUGUUGAAGCUCGACGAGGAUGGCGAUGGCCUGGUUUCUGCGAACGAGCUCGAACAAACCAUGUCGCAGAUGGGCUUGACUGCAGAGCAGUCCGCCUCGACUUUGGCAGCGUCGGCUGAGCGCAGCCUCACCGUCCCUGUCAGGCUUACCAAGAGGACCACUCUGAAACAAGACACGGCCAAUGCUGCGCUCGUUCAAAGUGGCUGGCCUGUGCCGCUCAAGAGCCGCUACGUCUUCUCUUCGCAAGACGGCUAUCCGCUGGCCGAGCUUUCGAGCCAAGUCAUUAUGCGCCGCCGGAGUGAGCCCCAGAUGGAGCGGCGUGUCUUCAAUGCGGAGGCAUCCAAAUCCGCUAAAGAGAAGCGUGACCUGGGCAACUUCUAUGGAUGGCCCGAUUUCGUGGACGAGCGCAAGUCAGCUCCGGAUAACAACUGGUUCAAUCACCGAUUCGAGCGACCAGCUUGCGAACUUGAUCUCGAUCAAUGCCUCGUCAAGCCGUUCGCACCGCUGCUGCAAAGCGGCAAGCUCGAGUGGGAGCAGGUGUUCAAGCAGUUCGCCUACGCCGACGGCGCGUGUGGCGACUGCCUGAUCCACCACCUCGUAGGACAGAGCGGACAGCGUGGGCUCGGCGCGUUCCUUCCUGCGGCCCAGCGCACCUUCCAAGGUGAAAUGCAAGAGAGUGCCCGCUUUUCGAACCCAGUGCCACAUCUGCCGCUCACGUCGGUCUGGAACGCAAGCUUGUCCGAAACGGAUGCUGCGUUCGAAGCUGAACAGCCGUGCUUCAGCGUCUCUUGUGUGCUGGCAAGUUCUGGGUUUGGACGCGGUACGCCUCUGCGCUUGUUUGCCAGCCAGCUGAUCCAGAGAUACGCCUACACGAUUGCCGACACGCCGUUGAAGUUUGAGCGGCUCGAGACGCAAUACAAUUCGGCAGAGACGAUGCAAAGGCUGGAACAGUCGAUGAAGCGGCCGUCGGCGCUGGAGCGGUUCGCCAAUGUGGUUUUGAAGCAGCAGCAGCAGCAAGGCCAGACGCAGGGCGAGCCUAGCAAAGAGGCCGGUGCAUGGGUGGCCAGCCAGCGGAGCGUCGAUGCAGAGCGUCCGGCAUUCGCAUGCAUCAACGACGACAUCACAACGCGAUGGGUCCAGGACGUCGGUACCGAGUUUACCAGCUGGAUGGGCAGGAUGUGGCCGGAUAAGCAGCGGUGGGAGUUGUAA